AUUUACAGAUGGAAACAAAAAAGGGUAGUCUUUUUCUUUUUUUUAUGCAAAAGGGGAAAGGGUUUAGCCAAUGCACACCACAACCUCAAGGAUACAGAGCAUCUCUGGAAAAUGUAACCCAAGAACGAAUCUUGGACAUGCAACACAGGGACCACUAGCUGUUCAGCUGACAAAGGAAAAUGAGCAAGUAGUGAUUGAUAAUGGACUUGUUCGAGUCACUUUGUCAACCCCCGAUGGCUAUGUCACCGGAAUUCAAUACAAUGGCGUUGAAAAUGUGCUUGAUGGUAGGCUAGAUGAUAACGACCGAGGGUACUGGGACGUUGUCUGGAAUGGCGUAAACUUUGACAAAGUUGCAACGUCAAAUUUUAAAAUAGUGACCCUAAACGACGACCAAGCAGAGCUUUCCUUCUCCAAAACAUGGACUUCCUCCAACUCCAUAGUUCCCUUAAACGUUGACAGAAGGGUUAUUGUUCGGCGUGGGCUCUCCGGAAUCUACUUGUACAGCAUAAUGGAGAAGCUGGCGGAGUUUCCUACCGUGGAAAUUGAUCAAAUAAGGGUGGUUUUCAAGCUCCAAAAAUGGUUCAAUUAUAUGGCAAUAUCGGACAGCCAGCAAAGGAUCAUGCCAGUGGCAGAAGAUCGAGACCCAGGCCGCUGUGAGACUCUUGGUUACAAAGAAGCUGUUUUAUAUAGGCAAUAUGGACUGUGGGAACGUUAUGCUGAAAUUUAUCCUCACAACGAUCUCGUCUUCACCGUUGGCGUUAGUAAUUAUGCCCGGGAUUGGUUCUAUGCUCAUGUUACUAGGAACCUCGGAGAUGGUGAUUAUAAAGCAGCAACAUGGCAGAUUGUAUUUCAUCUCCAACACGUGCUCCAUACAGGAAAUUACACCCUCCAAUUGGCCUUGGCAUCAGCCAGUUAUGCAAAGCCGCAGGUGAGGUUCAAUGAUCCAAAUGCUCCAGAACCCGAUUUUGAGACACCAGGGAGAAUAGGGUCAGACAAUGCAAUUGCAAGACAUGGAAUUCAUGGAUUGUACAGAUUUUACAGCAUUCAAGUGCCUAGUAAUAAACUUAGAAAAGGUACCAACACAAUCUAUCUUACUCAAGCAUUGAACACAACACCCUUCCAAGGAGUAAUGUAUGACUACAUUCGUUUUGAAGAACCUGGACAGUGAUCAGUGUAUAGAUUGUCGACAUUCUUCACACUGAACAGGGCCUAGCUAGAAAGAAUAGAAAUUUGUGCAAGAUAUAUAAUUCGGCAAUAAGUUGCACAGGAUAGAAUUUGUAUAUUAGAUUUAGGGAUAUAUCAAUGCCAUUGUGCAACUAAUCCAUGGUUUCAUUGCCCUGAUAUGAUGAUUUAAAUU